AUGGAUCCCACAAGCUACAAGCCACUGGAACCCACGAAACCUCCGGAAAUUGAUCCAGAUCUGACGGCUUCGGCUGCGAACGCCGUGGAGCAAUGGCGUAAUUAUCAACAAGCUUACGCUGCCUAUCAGCAACAAUGUGCCGCAUACCACCAGUACGUACAGCAGAGCCAGUACGCUCAAACGGUCGAACAACAGCAGAUGAUCUACUCUCAAUACCUCGAGCAGCAUCGCCAGUAUCAGUAUCAUCUGCAGCAGUACGAGCAGCAGAAGAUGCUGGAUGCAAAUCAGAUCCGGUACGAUUCCAACAACACCUGGUCAGGACAACCACAGCACAAUCCGCCAGCCCAGAUGCCUUUGUUCUCGAGGUCCCGGCCUCCGCCGUACAUUCCGCCGAAUGUACCUCCGCCGGAUAUAGUGAACAGCGAUUCCGGACCGCCAGGAGGAUCACCGAAUGCAGGAACUCCAAACAACAAGCGUGUCCGGAAUGCGAAAGCCAAACAGUUGGGAUACGAGAAGAAAUCUGAACUACAUAUGAAAACGGUUAUAUUCGUGAACCCGGAUGACGAAAACCUGCUGCCGGCUGACUUGAAACAGCUGUUCAAAGAUUUGCACUGCAACCUCUGCCGGACGCGCAUGAAUUCGCACAUUUCCGCCAACAUACACUACCAGUCGAAGGCGCAUGAGAAGAAAAUCAACCAAUGGCUCAAGGAGUAUUGCUCCGAAACAGGCACGCCGCUGCCAGUGCGACCGCGCCUCCAGCCUGAGCUAGCACCCGAUGUGAACGUGGUUGGGAAAGCGUUGUACCACUGCGACGCGUGCGAUCUUCCGCUGACUUCGAUUCAGCACGCCAAUCAGCACUACACCGGCAAACGGCACUGGUUGGUGGUGAACGGGAAGAAGCUACCUUCCGGCGAGGGAUUCUUCAAUGAUGAUGGAAAAUGGACACGAUCUACGAAUGUAGUUUCCGAUAACCAAUCCUCGACCGUCCCUGGGGCUCAAGUAAAACGGCUCAUGUUUCCAGAGAAAAACGGUGCAAAUCAGAACGACAUCAAGCGGCCUCGUUUACAGCCGCCGCCGGAACCGCCUGAACAGUUGAUGGCGAGUGUGCUGGCGAUUGAGGCUGAAAAUGCGGCACGCGAGGAGAAAGCUUUCAAGCCAGCAGUACAACCAAUGUCUACCACCAAUGCACAGGCCGGUCCAGCCCGGUGCGAACCGGGGUUCAAUGUCAAGCAAGCUUCACAACCGAUCCCAACGUUCACGGUGGAGAGUGACGAUGAGGUGAAAAACUCGACUAAGCCAAACACUAGUGCCACGGUGCCUCCAUUACUUCAAACGCCGACCACCGGAAACGGCAGUAGUGGUACAACGCUUGAAAAGGAGAUCCGCAAAAAGGAGGGCCUGGAUUGUGUGGACAACACGGGUACGUUCUGUACGAUCUGCGAAACGUCCGUCACGUCACGGUCGGAGAUGCUGAUGCACCUUAAGGGUGCGAAACACCUCAAGAAAGCGCGCACGAUGGGCAUGGUCGUACGGACGACCCCGUUCGACGCGGGCGAUACGAUUCUCAAGAGCCUCUCGAAACCAGCUCGCCAGACGGACUGGUCGUUGUACCGCAUGCCGUCCGGAAAGUUCUACUGCAAAACGUGCAAUCUGAUCGUGGCCGAUGAAAAGCUCUUCGGCCAGCACUGGUACGGCAAAAAGCACAAGCUGAAACAGCGCCAAGAAAAGCAGACAGGCCGCACGGCUACAUCAGCCGGCACGACAGCGACGGGCGCGACGGAGGCGGCCACGGAGGACACCUCGUUUGCGUCUGAUAAUCACGAACUGACGGAACCGGUGGUUGCUGCUUCCGCAGCAAAGCAGCAACCGGUGGCGCAGAUUCCCAUGAAGUCGUAUAAUAAUGUUGCACCUCCCAAACUAGAAUCGAAUCCGUUCAAACCUCAGAGCAAGAGGGGAAAGAAGAUGUUUUAUGCCAACAGACGGGGACGUUUUAUGAGGGGGCGCCCGCAUUUGGGUAGAAAGUAAUUAGGUCGAACGCAACGCCCAACCGUUUGAAUAUUAAUAAAAGAAUUCAUUGAGUUUUAACAAGCAGAUAAUCCCAAAUAAUGUAGAGUUGAAAUUUGAGAUAACGUACAGAAAUAUACCGAAUUGC